UCUCGAGAUCCAUAGCUUGAAGUUAGGGGCUCCUUGUGCCUCGGGAGAUGGCAAAAUGUGCUGUCUCUCUGGCCCGCUGCCGAGUCCGAUGCAGCAAAGCCAAUAAGGUGGAAAUCAAAGCCCCUUCACGGAUCGCAAAGCGUAAUUACAGAGUGUGCCAGGUCGUCGGGACAGCCCGGAGCGCGGAAGGUUUAUUGCUUUGGUCGUGACCUGUUCGAUUAUAUUUUACCCUUUUGAAACGAGUUGUGUGCAGCGUAUUGGAGUGUAUGCUUUCUAUUGCGGGGCUUAGGGAGACGCCCCUGAGCUUUCCUCCCUAUAUCCUCCUUCUGCCUUCCCUCCUUUCUACCCACUGGAGGCCAACUAGGGAAAAGUUGUUGGUACCGCUUUAAAAAUUACAGCCUUGGAAAAACUUUGAUGAUAAAUCAAGCCCCAGAUCCCUCCGCCGCCUCAUUGGAGGCUCUGGGCGGGACGCGGUACCGCCGCCCGAGAGCGGCGUGGUCUUCCGCUGGAGGGAAGAGUUCCGCAGUCUAAGGGGCGGCAGGCGGGUUGGGCGGACAGUCGGGCGCGCCUCCCCGGAGCUGCUGAAGCUGCCGGAGGCGCGGAGGGUGUAGUGGGCUGGGGAAGCCGAGGGCACCGGGGCUGCAGUGGAGGCCAGGGAACCAAGCUGGCGGUGGCAGGAGACCCCUCUCUGGGGUUUGGGGUUAGCUCUCUCUAAGGGGCUUCUCUGCCACUCACCCCCUCCCCCCGGCAGCCGGCUGCUGCUGUCUCUGUGGGAGGUUCGGCUUGCUCCUGGAGCUCUUGCUCCCCCAUGUGAGACGCCCGGAGCCGCCCCCCUUCCCCGAGCCCCCGCCCCCCUCCCGCCCUGGGAGCCAAGAUGGGGGCAUUCGUUGUGACCCUGGGGAUUUUCCACUCCCUGGGACUUUACCUCCAACUCAGCGGCGCCACGAGGCCCGGGGUACAAGCUCCUUGGGACAACCACAUCUCGGGGAAUGCCUUGUUCACAGAGACUCCCCAUGACAUGACUGCCCGGAGUGGCGAGGAUGUGGAAAUGGCUUGCUCCUUCCGGGGCAGUGGCUCCCCCUCCUACUCCUUGGAGAUCCAAUGGUGGUACGUCCGCAAUCACAAGGACUGGACGGACAAACAGACGUGGGCAUCUAACCAGCUCAAGGCAUCUCAGCAGGAAGAAGCUGGAAAGGAGGCCACGAAAAUAAGCGUGGUCAAGGUGGUUGGCAGCAAUAUCUCUCACAAGCUCCGCCUUUCUCGGGUGAAGCCCACAGAUGAAGGGACCUACGAGUGCCGAGUGAUUGAUUUCAGUGAUGGCAAGGCCCGACACCACAAGGUCAAAGCCUACCUUCGGGUGGACCCUGGAGAGAACUCCGUCCUUCAUCACCAUGGUCAUGGCCCCUCUCUUCACUUGCAGGAUACCCCACUGUUGGGGGGGCAGCCUGCAGCUCCUGCCCCACCCCCACCACCCCCCAAGCCAGGCAAGGAGCUGAAGAAGCGGUCAGUAGAUGCUGCCUGUGCUCUGUAGACUGACAUUUCUUCAUUCCCCUUACCCACCCACCCCACCCUGGUGGCUCAGAGAGUGGGAGGGUCACUCCUUCCCCAGUCCCUCUGCCUUUCUUUCUCCCCUCUUCUCCUUUCUCCACUGUACAGAGUGCAUGAGGAGCAGGGCCUGGGCCAGAGAAGUGCCCUGGAUCCAGAUGCCACUGAUUGAUGUUGGCCCCACCGGGCCCUUGUGUGUUCCCUACCAGCGGCCCUUGCUGCUCUCCCCAUGCUCAGCAUGUGAGCCCCUGUCCCCCUUCCUUCAGCCAGUUUCCUCCUCUGUAAAAUGAGGCAGUUGGACUAGAUGAUCUCCAGGGUCCCUUCCUGCUCUAACCCCUAUGCUCCUAUGGCCAUUGCUUUUUCAGAGGUUCUUCUAGGAGUGGAGAGUUGGAGUGUGUGACUGGGGCUUUGGGGGCUGUCAGGAAAAAGGCAUUUUGAUAGAGAUCCUGAAGCUGUGGCCAUCAGAAAUUGGGGUAGAGUGGGGAUGUUGUUCCUAUGCCACAAGGUCUAAUCUCUCCACACCUAGCAGUCCAUGCAGUGCCUCAUUUCAUUGCUAGCUUUGGUGGAGUCCUGUGUUUUGCUUUUCUUGUUGGGCCCAGGCCCAGGCCCAAAGAUCUAGCUCACUCUUGCUUUGAUCAUUGCUCCUUGGGCACAUCCUACUUCCCUCACUAUCUACUUUCAUUGCUGUGCCAGGAUCUGGCCAUGCUAAACAAGCAGCUAGUCCCACUACCCACACUUGUACAUUGUAAAAAGCAAAUUUCCCAGAUGAAUGAUUUUCCCCUUGGUGUGUGUGUGUGUAUGUGUGUGUGUGUGUGUGUGUGUGUGUGUGUGUGUGUGUGUGUGUGUGUGUGUGUGUGUAAGUCAGGGGAAAUGGGGCAACAAGAGAGGAAAGGUUGCCAUGAGAAGCACCCCUCUUCAAAGAGGCUAGGACAUGUUUGAAGGGACCCUAAAUUGGGAACUCCUGGCCCCUAUUAAACUGUAGCUCCCUCUAUAAGACUGGCAACAGCAAGGAAGAUCCCUGCUACCUGGAUGGGCCCAGGGCUGAGGUGGGUGGGAAGGGUCUGCAAACAGUCUUUAAAUCUUUAUAGUUUGUAUUUCUGUGGCUCCUUUCAUUCUAAGCCUUCCAAAUAACUAUCGUUCCUUUUCCUGUUCUUGGAAGAACCUAGAAUCAAACCCAGGAGCUCUUAUUUUCCAGGGCUCAUUUCUGGACCCUCCUCCCUUUGCCACCUUCCUCUCUUCCCCCAUGCAAAGUUUUGCACCAGCAGGGGCCCCACCUUCCCAACCUCACUUCACUUUAGCCCGAGGUUUCUCCCAGAAGGCCCCCCCUACCUCUUCCUGUCAACCUCACAAACUCCAGGGACUGUUCUGAUCCAGUGCAGCUGAGUCCAUUUCUCCGAGGGGAUCUUCUGGGGCUCCGUAACAACUCUGCCCAAGGCCCCAUCCCUUUCUCAUACCCACACUUGCAUUGUCUUAUCCCUUUUACCCCCCUGCCCCACAAGAAUUUGUAAAUAUUUCUAAUGGGCCAAACCCUUCACCCCCAUACAUAUAAACACACACAACACACAACACAUGCACACAGAGGGUUCUGCUGCCCUGGUCACUGCCUGACUGAAGUGAGAAGAGAGAGGGCAAAGGUUCCCUGGGUAGAGGUCCGUCACAAGUCUUUUGCAUCAAUACAGAAGGGUGUGACCACAGGUUAUAACACUGGGGGCUCGGCACCUGCCAGGCCCUCUUCAUAUCAACAUGAUCCAAUCUGUGAUUAUCAGCCUUGCUGAAGUGAAUAAAGCUGUUUAAAUGAA